AUGUCAACAAAAACAACAGCCCUUGACUCUAUUCUCAAACACUUAAUCGAUAAGGAUCAACAAGAUGAUUCAGAAGAUUCCAUCAAUAAAAACUUUAUAGAGGAUUUUGUUAAUUCAAAAGUACAAGAUAGAAUUAAACAUUGGAUAAAAUCAUUAUAUGAAUAUCAAAAGAAUUCAUCAUCACAAAUAACAUCAUCGGGAAUUAAAAAAUUACUAGUAGAUGGAUUUGAUGAAGAACAAGUUUGGAGUCAGCUUGCAACAUUUCAUCAACCUCUUCUUUCACAACUCUCCAACAAGAUUGACAAGAUGGAAAAUUUAGAAUCGAUAGUAAAUGACGAAGUUUUGCAAUAUUUAAGUGAUUCAGAUGACGAAGAACAAGAAGAAGGAGAAGAAAAUGUUGAUGAACGAGCACUCCGAAGAAUGAUGUCCAUGGAUGAAAGUGAUGAAGAGGAUGACGAAGAAGAUGGCAUGGAAGAAGAUAAACCAACCACAACAACAAGAAAUAAUAAGAAAACUCUGAGAGGAGAUGAAGCUAAGGAGUAUAUAGCUGAUGAUUUUGAAGAACAAGAUAUCAAUACAUUCCUUGACGAUAUGGAAAAGAAUAUGGAUGCUCUUGAUGAAAUGGAUUACGAUGAAAAUGAAAAGCAAAAUAACAGAGAAGAAAAGAGAGCCAUGGGUGAAUUAUACGGAGAUGAAGAUAUUGAUGAAGAUGAAGAAGAGGAUGAAGAACCAAGAUCAGGAAAGGAACAAAAAUCAGCUUUUGAAUUGGAACAAGAACGUUUAUUGGAAAGAAUGGAAGAAUUGGAAAAUAAGAAUAUCAGAAAUAAGGAUUGGCAAGAAAUUGGUGAAGUUGAUGCUAAGAAGAGACCAAUGAAUUCACUUGUUGAAGAAGGAAAGUUAUCAUUUGAACAUGCUCACAAAGCUAAACCAGUCAUUACUGAAGAAAUUACAAAGGAUUUGGAAAGUAUUAUUAUUAGCAGAAUUGUCAGUGGUAUUUAUGAUGAUCCUGUGAAAUUGUCUGAUGAGGAUAAGAAUGAAGAUUUAAAGCAAGACAUUCAAUUGGAACAUGAAAAAUCCAAGAAAUCUCUCGCUCAAAUCUAUGAAGAAAUGUACCUGAAAAAGGUUGAAGGAGUUGAUAUUGAAGAAGAAAAGAAGGAAGAUCCAGUUGUCAAGGCAACCAAACAAAAAGUUCUUAAACAAGUUUCAGAUUUGUUACGAGUUCUUAACCAAAUGUCAUCCUUUACCUAUGUUGCCCCACCAAGAAUUGAUUUGGAAGACGAAUCUGAAAACAAGACUGUUACAAAUACAGUGACAGGAAAGGAAGAAGGUGAAAAGAAUGCUAAUGAAAUUCUCCCAGCUGUCAAAUGGUUACCACAGGCAGGGGAAGAAAUGACCGAACAAGAUAAGAAGAGAAAGAGAAGACAAUUCAAAGAAACAACAAGCAAAAAGGCAAAGAAGGCUAAUGAAUUAGUUGACAAAUUGAAUCCAGGAGCUUCUUCUCAUGCCACAAAAUUACUCGAUGAUAUCAAUCAAAGAAAGGAUAAUACAAAGAAGGAAAAGGCUUCAAAGUUGGAAGACGCUUCCGCUGUUGAAUCUGACAAGAUGUUUGGUAGCUCUAAACAAUUCUUUAACAAGAUUCAAGAUAAUAUUAGAAAGAUUCACGGAGCUAAGGCAGCUAAGAAGGAAAAGAGUGGAGUUGUUAAUAACAGUAAGGACGAAUAAACGAGACAUUCAAAAUAUUUUUGU